AUGGCUGUCUUACCCAACCCAAUGCGGUCGUCGUCUUCGACGAGGCUAUCGUCACGUGCAACGAGUCAUGACAUCAGUGUUGGAACUGUUAUUGCCAUUGUGGUUGGCAGUAUUGUGGUGCUGAUACUACUGUCUCUAUGCAUAUGCUUGUUUCGAUGUGGAAAGGCCAUUUCCAGGGCCAAGCAUCGUCUUUCAGCCCGAUGGAGGAAGCCUCGAGGUGUAACGGGCACACCUUACUUCUGCGAGAACGAUCAGUGGCCACAGACCUCCAACAUCUACGACGGUUCGAUAUUUUCAGAUGCCAGUGUAAAAAGCCAGAAUGGCUCCACCAUCUCUCUACUGUCUUCAACGCACCACCCAAAUGUCGGAUUUCCAGAUCUAAGCUAUCAACCCGCAUCGGUUACAACAGCCAACUCCAGUCAUACAUUGACGCCAGUACCGUCGAUACCCAAGUCUCAAAGAUCGUCAUCGCCAUCUGGUUGUCCAGUAUGCCCAUCCUCCGCACAGGAACUUACUCAAGCAACAUCUUCGAAAGUCGCGCUCCAGUAUGAGCCUCCCGCAGCUGAUACUGGGCAAUUUCCGGCGGACGUGAAACGCAUCUUAGGACUCGAUGAUGCUUCAUACUUGAGAGAAUUGCCCUAUUAUGAAGGUGCGUCAUCCAACCUCAUUGCCGCACCGACAUAUGUUGGUCUGGAAUCUGGGCGCUCAACAUCUCGCAAUGGAGACCGUCAAGGGCAUGCUACUUCGAAGCCUGAGUUGGGAGUUAGUAUUGCUUCUGCUUCAGUAGCGACCCAUACGCUAUCUGGUAACCAUAAUCUCUUCUUCACUCACCAUGGGUACGACUCCGACGCAGGUACCCUGUACUGCAAGAUGGGAGCAUCUGCAAACCUACACUCGACACCAGCCAUGGAUCCCAUCGUCUUGACCCGCGAUUAUGUCCAUAAUGACACGACUGAGCGGCCACCUAUUCCAAGGGAAAUACAUGGCGAAAAGUUGGCGAAUUGGGAUGGAGGCAGUGUUCCGCGCAUGUUUGCCAAUACAUGGGACGUCGACUACGAUUUUGACCCCGAACAUUUCACCCAUCCCCCAAGAUUGAGAGAAACAUCCCUUGAUCUCAACGCCCUGGAUUCAUAUGUCAAUUCUUCAGAACAGCAAAAGAUACACGAACCAUUACUUGACUCUGGGAUCGAUUGGUACAACAACAUCACGUACGCCCCAGGAAUGGAUACAGGGAUGCUCGAUAUGGGUGCUGCAGACAUUCUGGAACUGACCCAGUCGACGUCGAUCAAGAGGGACAGACAUGAUACUACACCACUGCUAGUGGACCCAGCACAAAGCGGGAAGAAGUGUAGCACGUGCCUCUCAGUACCAUCGAUGCCACUGUCCUUUGCGGAUACUUCAAUGACUGUCACGACGGAGAUGAAAGAACGAAACAUGACACCACUGCAGGUGAACUGGCAUGACAACACAUUGAUGCCGCCGCCACCACCACCACCGACGUCUCGCCCACGCUUUGACUCAGCAUUCGUGUCCAAGGAUUCUGUUUCCAUCGCCUCGGAUUCGACGUUUGACAACGGCUCCACUAGCCAAUACGACACCAUGUCAGGGUAUAUUACUCCAGCUACGACAGGAUCACAGACUUCCUUGAUACCCGAGUACAAACAUUCCUUUAGUCACUCUAACGAUCUUUUCGGGGCUGCAAUAUUUAUGCCUUUCGAUUCUUUGUCAGGGCCAACACCCGAAAUCACUGAUCCAUCUACUCCCGUUUCACGAUCCACACCAAUCGACCUGUCAGCUUCUGCAAGCGAGCAAGGUAGGGCUGAUGGGUUCAGUCAGGCUCGAACAUCUUUGUCCACAUCCUUCACGUCUGUAACACCAUCGUUAUUGAAUGAAGCGGACACUUUGGCAUUGCCCUUUCGAUGCACCCACGCGCAUUGUAACAAAACCUACCGCACUCAGGGUCUUUUAAGGUCCCACAUCAACCGUACGCACAAACGGCGGUACCCAUGCCCCCAAUGCGAGAUGAAGAGAUUCGGCCUAAUGGCGGACCUAAAGCGACACCAACGAUCCGCCCACGCCGUAUCAGCGAAAAAGUGGCCUUGUCUUAACGUGGGCUGCAAGGCAGAAUUUGGCCGCAAAGACAAUCUUCAGAGACACUUGAGGAAAUGCAAUCAACAGGGACCUUGA